UACAAAUCACUUCACUGGUCGCUGUUAUUGUCAGAGGGUUUGUGUAUAGUGUUAACGAUGGCUCUUCUUAUGGAGCACCAAUUUAAACAGCUUCCAGUCGAUAAACAAGUGGAAACUAGAUCAUUCUUGGAGUCGGUGUCGUAUCUUCCGCCAUUCUUUGGUAAGUAAUUAGCUUGCAAACUAUGAUUUGAGCUUGCUACAUGAAUUCUAGCCUCAGCCUAUGCAUGGACGACCACCCAAAUCGCUCGCUAUUUUGUUGCAUUAAACGAACCGUUACUUUGUUGCAACAAACAAUAUAUUGUCCAUUAAGCAACACCAUUUACUACAGCCCGUCAUGGAUGAAGACAGAAUUUAUGAUCAUACUCUUGUGGUUAGCCAUCAACUUGUCAUUGGCAAAUAUUUUUCUCUCAAUAUUGUGUAUGCAUGCAAGAGUAGUGUUAUCAACAUUUGAUUGACUUGAGAAUACCAGGAGUGAGGAGAAGCAUUCCUAAAUGUAGAAAACUGACUUAAAUUAGCUUCAUAGUCUGAUUUGCCUGUGGGAUUGUUUGCUUUUGGAAUUUCAGAAUGUGAGAAUCUGUCAAAACACCUCUGUCAAUCCCAAGCAAUUAAAUGCCACAAGGGACAAUCUUUUUUGGAUCGUAUGACUCUUUAUCAAGCAGUCAACAAACCUUUUGCAUUAAUAAUGUAAUUCACUGGCCUCGAUUUGAAGUUGUUAAAAUUGAUUAGCGCGGUGUUGAGUUCCCCUUGGCCAUUCACUGGCUAUGUAGCCUACUGGGGCAUCAUUGUGUGGCUGCAUCCUGUAUUAAUAUGCCAAAGAUACUCUAUUGAAUUGGGCAUGUGAAACCCCUGAAAAGACCCAAGUCUGGUGUUGAUAUUAACAUAUUUCCAUUUCGUUCUCAUUGACCCAACUGACCUAAUAAUUCCUUAGCCAACUUUCCUUUUGACCGUAUCAACUCAAGAAACUGGAUAAGUGUUUGUAUGGUUUCAUUUGUGUCCUCUGUUUCGAAUUUAGUGUCUUUAUGAUAUACUCACAGUCACAACUCAAUUAUACAUAACUGCUACAUUGAGUUGUGACUAGCCUAUAUAAUGUUGUCAUUCCAAAGCUCUUGGAGGAUAUGCCUAGGAUCUUCUUUGUUUUUCCACCAACCUUUAACUCAGUUGUAUAUUUACAUUUGAUGUUGUUAGGAUUCAAAGAUAAUACAAUUGAUGACCUCUGCUUUCAUCACAUAGCCUGGACCUUCCAAUGCAACCGCACAAGCACACAAGUAUUAUGUGGAAGCAAUUGAGAGAAAGGGGUUUCAUUGUAUGGGGUGGAAGCCGAGAGAUGGGCAUCUUUGGUGGUAAUCAUUUGUAAGUCGCUCUGGAUAAGAGCGUCUGCUAAAUGACUUAAAUGUAAUCAUGAAUGAAUAACAUUAAGGAUAGAUAGAGGCACGUCUAUCUCUAAAUGAUAAGGACAAAGGUGGGGCUUCUCUGUAACUAGAGAAGACACCGGUACCACUAGCACAAUGGACAGCACUCUGUCACAAUAGCCUUCUGGGGCUGAGGGCUAACAGUUGUGUCAGUUGUUCUCCACUUUAAGCCUUGUGUGGUCGGAAUGUUGGUUGUCCACUGGGCUACCCCAAAUGACUGGCCAGGACCCCUUUUUAUGUAGUUAUGUAAAUGGUGGUGAUAGUUGCUUGGCCAAAUCUCCUAAUAGAUAAGGCUAAGCGAAGAAAGGCAUUGUUACAAACUGUUGGAAGUAUUUAAACGGAAUGCACAUAGGUAGGUUGCUAUACAGAACUAGCCUAUACCUUGCUAUGAAGAAGAAAAAACUGUUUGAAAAUGUUGGUCCUGUUUGAGAUCUCACCAAGGUUCAAAGAGACAGAUGAUGUUAGGAUAUAUUUCCUUUUCCGGUUGCAGAGAUAGGCCUAGGGCCAAUGAUGGGACGCAUUGGAUUAGACCCAUUGGAUUUGGCAUGAUACUAGGACCUACUUAAAGUUUUAUGAGUCUCUCUGGUGCUUUCAGAAAUCUGUCAGGUGCUCGGAGCAGAGUGAAUUAUUUAGCAUUUUGUUGAUUUUAAAGUUCAAUAAGAGUUUGCUGUCGACCUACCAUUUUGUAUCAAAAGCAUUUAAAAACAUGAUCAGGAUGCAGCUCAGAAUGCUCAUAUACUCUAUUUGUCUCAACCCUGUGUUUUUUUCUAGUUCUAAUGAAAAAGCUUUGUUUUGCGAAUGUAUGCCUCUCACAAAAGUAUUUGACAGAGCAUAGCGGCUUAUUAGGCCACAUUGUUAAUCUUCAAGGGACAUGGCCCAUCGACGCUACAGGUAGUCCUCUUUCUCUGUCUCUCCGUCUUUCUCUGGGUCGUUCCACCUCAAAAAGCACACCCACCAUCUCAGAUUGUUCUGAAAUAAUUUCUGUUAUUAGAAACAGAUAAGAUUAGCAUUCCUGCAAGAUCAUUUUGUUGAAGUAUAAUUUCAGCUAACUAAGCAAAUUGAUUGCAUCCAAAUUGACCAUUUUAAUUUAUAGGAUUCAUAUAAUAUUCAAUAAAUAUAGUACCAAGCAUCUGAUUUGGACCAAACCUUUUUCUAACAAUGAGUUAGACACCCCACGCCAAUCCCACCGCAACAGCGAGUAUAUAGUAUCAGUAUAUAGUAUGGAGCUGCCCCUCAGAGUAUUCUUUGUUUCUUCAUCCAUGUAAUGUAUUCCCAGUGAAUUUGGUGAUGUUUAUUUUCCAUAUUUCAGAGAAAUGUGUCUGUGAAGUUGUUAGGUUUAUGUCCUAUCCUACAUCCUGAUAUUACCAAGUUCUGACCACUACAUGGUGCUGUUCCUGCUAAUAGGUGAAACAAGUUUGAAGAUUCCCCCGCUUUCAAUGUUAAAGGGAUAGUAAACCCAAAUUACAAAAUGACAUUGGUUUCCUUACCCUGUAAGCAGUCUAUUGACAAGGUAUGACAGCAACCCAUGCUUUGGUUUUGAUUCAACUGCUAACUUUUUAGCAAUUGUGGCACAAAUCCAAUGCAAAUCAAUGGUACCUAUAUUAGCAUUUUCACACCAUGUUUAAGCAUCCUAAAUUGUAUCUAAACAUUGAUUGUUUAUCUCAAUGAUGUUACUUAUAGAUGAUUUGGAUAUGAAGUGUGAAAAUGCUAAUAUAGGUACCAUUGACUUGCAUUGGAUUUGUGCCACAAAUACUAAAAAGUUAGCAUUUGAAACAGUGGCCAGGUAAACAAAACCAAAGCAUGGGUUGCUGUCAUACCUUGUCAUUUAAAAAAUGAUCACCUAAUAGCAGGAACAGCACCAUCUAGUGGUCAGAACCUGGGAAUAUCAGGAUGUAGAAUGGGACAUUUACCUAACAACUUCAAUUACUAAUUUCUCUGAACGGGGGGGGACUCACCAAAUUCACUGGGAAUACAUUACUUAGGAUGAAGAAACAAUACUUCGACCCGCAGCUCCAUACUACUUUUCAGACAUAGAGAUACUGCAUCCUCUUGUUGGGAUUGGUUUCAGCAAAAUAGUUUUGCAGGAAUGCUGACAUGUGAAUUGUGCAGGAUGUUAUUUCUCCAGUACUGGCAAACAUGGUAUUUUGACAUCUCUCGACAGACUGCCUUGGCUCUACUGUUUUUGCUCCAAUUAAAGCAGACAUUGUAGGGAACAUCACAGUAAGUAGCCUACAGCAACAUUUUCAUAUGGUCAAAGUGCAAACUGGUAACCUUAGAUCCAUAAGGAAACAAACAACUAUGUUACUGUACUAUCCCUGUUUAGACAAUCAAAGCGGUUUAUGACAGCAACCCUAGCAGGUUCAAGACCCUCCAAAAAAUCCUGGAGGCAGAGAAGGAGAUGCAUGGAGCAGACUGGCCCAAAGUGGGAGCCACCCUGGCACUUAUGUGGCUAAAGAGGUCAGAUAACUUUGUAUUUUUGGAACUAGAGUCGGUAACAUUUUACUUAAAGCCUACAGCUGUAAUGCAUUAUGAUGCAGUUAUAAUGCAUUAUAAGACUUGUCAUGAGCAUACGAUCCCCUUAUAACAUCUCGGCGUCAUCUCAUAAUGAUUCUAAUAAGUACCAGCCGUUUUGAUUUAGUUGAAAUUUCGAUAGAGGGAUAUUUAUAUCAUCCUUAUUAUAAGACAUUAUAAAGCCUCAAAUCUGCUUAUAAUAAUAAUAAAGCGAUCUACCUAAUCGCUUUAUUAUAAAGCGUUCUACCUGAAGGUUAGAUAAUAGCGAUCUAACUGAAGGUUCUCAGUGUUACCCUUGAGUCUGUCUACUUAGAUACACUGUAUGUUGGUCCACAUUUGUACCAUCUGUCUGAUAUGUGAUUUGUUUGUUUCCUUGUUCAUCAUUGACCAGGGGACUCCGGUUCAUCCAGGUCCUGCUGCAGAGUCUGGUGGAUGGGGAGAAGGACGAAAACAACCCCAACCUCAUCCGGGUCAAUUGCACCAAAGCCUAUGAGCUGGCCCUGAAGAAGUACCAUGGUUGGCUGGUGCAGAAGCUCUUCAAGGUAAGCGCUCUCACCAUAGCAUGAUUGCUUUAGAUUACUGCUUGAUUACACAGCUUCUCCGUUGCCAUUUCAACUGUGCAAGUGUAGCUUAUUUGAGCUUGAUUGGUAGUUAGUUCGUUGUGCUAGUAGCGGCCAUCGUUUAAGUGAUGUCACCUUCCCUGAGGUCUAAAAGUCAACUUUGUUUAUGAUUCUGACUAGUCUGCAUUUUGAACUGACUUUACUUGAAUGUCUUCCGCUGUAGGCAGCCGUUUUCGCAGCUCCCUACAAGGUGGAUUUCCUGAAGGCACUGUCCAAGGGGCGUAUGGUCAAGGAAGAGGACUGCCUGGCCAAAAUCCGACAGUUUCUAGUCAACUUUACUGCCGCUAAUGAUACCAUCUAUGAGAUGUACACCAAGAUGAAUGCCGAGCUAGAUUACACCGUGUGACCACGCCAGAUAACUCCCCAUUCCCUCAAUGAUCUGCCCCCCAUUGGGACAAUUACAAUCAGUGAGUUGCAAUGGUUUCCUACAGGUUCG